UCGAAAAAACAAUCCAACGAAGCGCUUUCGCGGUCGUCGCGCUGUGAAUAUUCUGUGUAAUUUUUAGCAUUUAGACUGAAUUAAUAGUGAUUAAGAAUCGAACAUAUAGUACUUUGCUGGCGGAGCCAUUUUUCUUCUAUGUUUUGUGCAUUACGAGAGCGAGCGAGUGUAUAACAAAAAGCGUGUGCUCCCAUAGUGAUUGUAUUGACUUGUACUGGUGUGUGUGAAACGACUGGAGGAUCGGCCGACCGACAUUUAGAAAAGCAGCCACGCCACAUAUUAACAAGGAAGAGAGCAAACAAUUUAAAUUUUAAUCAUUUAAACAGAAAAGGAAGCAAACAUGACUGAAGUCGAGCAACCGCCACAGAAUGGCAUAGACCCAACCGCCGGCGAUCACGACGAGGACAGCAAAGCGCGUCCCGCCGAUAUUGAACAGGAUAUGCGCGAAAUGGAGUGCCGCAAACGCGUCGAGGCCAUUAUGGGCUCGAGGCUGUUCCGCGAGGAACUGGAACGCAUCGUCGAUUCGGCCCGUGAGGGAGGUGGCGGGGCCAGCGGCAUACUGCCGCACCUGUCGGACAUUGUGGGCGUGCCGGUGAGCCGGGUGGGCAGCGUUUUCAAGAGCAGCAGUUGCAUGGUGCCCAUCAACGAUAUCCGCGGCGUGGAGUCCAUGGGCUAUGCCAAGGGCGAGAAAAUACUCCGCUGCAAGCUGGCUGCCACAUUCCGUCUGUUGGAUUUGUACGGCUGGACGCAGGGUCUGGGGGCACAGAUCACCGCACGCCUAAAGGUCGAUCAGGAGUACUUCCUGGUCAAUCCCUAUGGCCUGCUCUAUCAUGAAGUCACUGCCUCGGCGCUAAACAAGGUGGAUAUGCAGGGCCAUAUUGUGGAGCAGGGCACAACCAACUUUGGCGUGAACAAAAGCCACUUUGUCCUCCACUCGGUGGUGCAUGCAGCACGCCCCGACAUUCGCUGCGCCAUCUACAUUGGCUGCAGUCCGCUUGCGGCCAUCUCUUCGUUGAAGACCGGCCUGCUGCCCCUCACCAGGGAUGCCUGUGUGCUGGGCGAGAUCACCACGCACGCGUACACGGGUCUGCUCGAUGAGGAGGAGCGCAACCGCCUUGUCCGGAGCCUGGGGCCCAACUUCAAGGUCAUACUGUUGGCCAACCACGGCGCCCUAUGCUGCGGCGAGACCAUCGCAGAGGCCUUCUUCGCCGCCUGCCACAUUGUGCAGGCGUGCGAGGCGCAACUGAAGCUACUGCCCGUGGGUGUCGACAAUCUCGUCCUGAUUCCCGAGGAGACGCGCAAGAUCAUCUACGAGCAGUCGCGCCGGCCCCCAGAGGACCUGGAGAAGAAGUUUGCCGCCGUCACGGCUGCCGAGGAUGGGGCCACUGCCGCGGAGCCUGCUGUCGCUGAACAGUCGGCUCCCACGCCCAAAAUCGGCAGUCCGCCCAAGUGGCGUGUUGGGGGAGCCGACUUCGAGGCCCAUAUGCGCAUGCUGGACAAUGCUGGCUAUCGCACAGGCUACAUCUACCGCCAUCCCCUGAUUAAAUCGGAUCCACCCAAGCCCAAGAACGACGUGGAGCUGCCACCGGCCGUGUCAUCUCUUGGCUAUCUGCUCGAGGAGGAGGAGCUCUUUAGACAGGGAAUCUGGAAGAAGGGAGAUCUGCGCAAAGGAGGCGACCGCAGUCGCUGGCUCAACUCCCCGAAUGUGUAUCAGAAGGUCGAAGUCCUGGAGACGGGCACCCCAGAUCCCAAGAAAAUCACAAAGGUAGAGAUCAUAACUUUCGAAGAAUGGGGCGCUGAGGGUUCACCCACCCAUUCGACGCCCGUGAGGAUCGAAGAUCCGCUGCAGUUUGUGCCAUGUGGGACGAAUACCAAGGAGUUUAAGCGCAUCCAACAGCAAAUCAAGGAUAAUCGACGUGCGGACAAAAUCUCAGCUGGACCACAGUCUCAUAUACUGGAGGGCGUGACCUGGGACGAAGCGAAUCGCAUCAAAGAUGCCACUGUCUCGCAGGCCGGUGAUCAUGUGGUGCUAAUGGGCGCCGCCUCCAAGGGAAUCAUUCAGCGGGGCUUCCAGCACAAUGCGACUGUCUACAAGGCGCCAUACGCUAAGAAUCCCUUCGACAAUGUGACCGACGAUGAGCUGAAUGAGUACAAGCGGACGGUGGAGCGCAAAAAGAAGAGCAUUCAUGGCGAAUACACCGAUACGGACUUUUCGGAAUCAGAGGCUCUUAACUCGAUGCAGGCAGCGGGAGCUUUGGCUCAUGCUAAACACGCACAGAGCGAACCCGAGACGGAACACCAAAUUAUCCAGAUUCAAACGCAACAGGCGCCCAUUCCCAGCCAAGCGGAAGUUGUAUUGAGCGAUGCUGUGCAAGUCCUUGAGAAGUCGUCCAUGGGUAAGGAGACCGAGACACCCACCAGUUCAGAUGCGAACAGCCACGGGCAUGAGCUGGACAAGGAGAAUAACCGUAUUCGGAAUAGAAGCGUCUCUUCGACUAGCAAGUGUCGCCGCGAUCUAUUCCCAGCGCCAAAGAGCGAUCCUCCGUCGAUUGAAUUAGAUAUGGGGUCGGGGUCGGGCUCGGGGUCGGGCUCGGGUUCUGGGGUGGCCGACUUGGCACAGCAUCUGUUUCCUGUCCAGCAGGGGCAGGACCAGCUUUAUUCCUAUGUUUAUGCGGCAGUUGCCGCCGCCUCCUUGGGACAAUGCUCUCAGCCGGAGAUUUGCUCGGCCCUGCUGAGCACCCUUCAUAACGAGCAGUUGGUUAAUCUGGCCGCCUUCUAUCGCAGCUCAAAUGGCACGUCUAGUACGGGCACGGGCACGGGCACAGGCUCCUCCAACAUAGUCCAGCGCCCGCUGGAGCCGGCCAACACCAAUCUCAUUCACCCGCCGUACCGCACCCACUCGCACUUUGGAUUCCAGUCCCCCCGUCAGAUGCCAUGCGCGGCCCACAAGCAUCUGCCAGGGCGCGACGGUUUGGCCGCACUGGGCUACCGGCCCAUGCAGCGUGCCAUCAGUUACGAGGAGAUCUUCGCCAGUCCCCGCUACGAGCAGCUCUGCCAGCCCUGCAUCGACAAGCUGCUGCGCCUCAAGCCGGAGCUGCAGCGCGUGCGCGGACCCAACAGUGGCUCCUGCGAGGAGGAUCUGGCCAGCAUGGGCAGCGGCAGUGUCACGCCCAAGCAGCAAAGGCUGGCGCCACUGCCAAAGAUACCCGGCUUCGGGCAACAAGAUGCCAGCACGCAGACCUCGCUUCAGUCCACGAACUUUCUCAGCGAAAUCGAACGCUUCAACUUCUCCGAGGAGUCGACAAAUCUGGGCUUCACGCCAGGUGUGGUGGCCAUCACCAGUGAUUUUAGUUUGCCAGGCUUGGACGGCAGUCCGGGCGCCAGUGCGACCAGUGCCCCGCCGCCCAGAGCUUAUCCCCAAUGGAGCCGCGAACGGGCACAAACAUAACCGAAGUGUGGAACUUUGGCAACUGGCAGGAGCCAACGAAUCGGAAUCCAGAGGAUGCUGCCGAUGGGGAG